AUGGCGGACGAGGAGGAGCGCAUCAAGGCCGAGAAGCUGGCCGCUGCGAAGAAAAGAGUAGCGCAGCUCCAGAAGCAGAAGAAAAAGGCCAGCAAGAAGGCCGCCACCCCAGAAGCUCCAAAGGAAGCGGACACACCGAAAGAGGCCGCCACGCCUACCGAAGAAGCCCCCGCAGAAGUGAAGCAAGAUGAGCCUGAAUCGACAGAGAAGGAAGCGCAAAAAGAGGAGGAACAGCAAGCGGAGCCCGACACUGAAUUAAAACCCGAGCCUGAAGUUGAACCUACAGCUGAGCCCGAAAAGCGCCCAGAGUCGCCAGUGGAACCCAUGCCCGAGGCGCCUACGUCCCUUUCUCCAGGGCCGGAUGCCGAGCCCCAGACUCAAGGCGUCAAGAUAGAUACCCCGCGCGCGGGUCAUACUCGACAACCAUCUCUCUCAAUCCAGUCCAAGAUGCGCUCGUCAUCGUUCCGAAAAGGCUCAGUCUCUCAAGGAAGUUCUUCGACGUCUCCAUCGAAUGCCUUAAAGUCGCCAUCUUUGCCUCCUUUGACCGGGAAUGGUGACUCCGUGCACGAGGUCUAUCGGAAACAGUCGAUGCGGAUAGAGGAGCUGGAGAAGGAGAACAAGCGACUAGAGAAGCAGCUGGAAGAGUCAACGAGUCGCUGGCGGAAGACGGAAGAGCAGCUCGAGGAUCUUCGGGAAGCGAGCGUUGAUGCGGCGGAGUUGAAAGAUAAGUUGGAGAAAGCCGAACAGAAAGCGGCGGAGACAGACGAACUGCAGAAGGCAGAGAUCGCCUCUCUACAGAGGCAGAACUCGCAUCUUCAAAAUCGGUCGCACCGCAACAAUGCCAGCAUCUCCGUGCCAGGUCCUUCAGAGUCGCCUCCUGCCGACCUCGUACAACAACUUGAAUCCAAGUCAGCUACCAUCGAGGCCAUGGAACUUGAGAUUUCCAAUCUUCGUGCACAGCUCUCGGAACAGUCCACAUCCAGCAGUGCUCACGAGGCUCAGAUAGCGGCUUUGGAAGAGAGACUCUCCCAGAGUGAAUCCGCUCUCGAGAAGGCUCAACGAGAGCUUACAGAUACAAAAAAUGCCCUGACGCGAGCCUCCGAAAAGGCAGUUAAGGAAGGAGUAGACAAAACUUCUACCGAGACACUAAUCAAGAACCUGCAGCGGGAGAUUGAGGAACUGAAACAAGAAAAGUCCGAAGCAGAGAAGAAGAUUGACACGCUAGACAAGAAACUCCAAGCAAUGGGCAAUCUACACAAAGAGUCCGAAACCCGCCACCAGGCCCGUCUCCGCGAGAGCGAAAAGACCGAGAAAGAAGCAGCAGCUCUACGGAAGCGACUCGCAAACGUUGAAAACGAGAACCUACGACUGAAAGAAGACCUCGAGCGGCUCAGGAAGCGCGAAUCCGGCGGCACAGACGACGACGCCCUCGACGAGCUGGAGGACGAGGAACGGUCGCGCCUGGAACGUCGAAUCCGCGAGCUCGAAGGAGAGGUCUUUGAUCUGCGCCGUGGAGUCUGGAAGGAACGGCGUGACGAACUCGCCACCGCGGACCAAGGGGGCUAUACGGCGCCAGACUCGUCCUACACCAACAACCCGGCCGCCAACGCCUUCGACGACGUCGACCUCGUCGGCGGCUCGUCCGUAGACCACGCGCGACGCCGCAGCAUGGCCCAGCAGCAUUCGUCCUUCUCCACCGUCCUCUCCAGCGGCCUCGCUGCCUUCACCGGCGGUUACGGGAACCGCAGUCGGGCGUCGUCACACCAGCAGCAUCCGCCCGCUGCUCGUGGUAGUCUCGAACUCCUGUCCGAGGAGAACUUCGACGAUGAGUUCGACGAGACGGAGUUUGCGCGAGCGCAGGCCGAAGAAGAGGCGCGGAAGCGUGUGGAGUGGGUCCGCGAGAUCAAGGGGAAGCUCAAGGACUGGAAGGGCUGGCGGCUGGAUUUGGUGGAUAGUCGGGCUGGCGCGGAGGGAGCCGGUGUGGGAAUGGGCGAGAUAUUCGAGAUCUAG